AUGGCCAAGCAGGCUCUAAGUUGCGCUCCGUGGCUUCUGCCAGGCAUCUUACUGUGCUUCCCAUUCUGUCCUCCUUUGAGUGGGCAGCAUAUGACUGAGUUGCCAGGUGUGCUCCACUGUGGGCUGCAGAGCUUCCAGUUUACUGUGAACCUCACCCUGGAGGCAGAGAGUCCUGUGUUAACAGCUUGGGACAGCCACGGGCUGCUGCACAGGCUGAAGAAUGAUUCUGACUGUGGUACAUGGGUGACAGACAGUCCGGAUGGCUCUCUGGUGUUGGAAGCUACCUACAAUGGCUGCUAUGCCACUCUGAGGGGCUCCCACUAUAUCAUGGAAGUUGGAAUGCAAGAGGUCGACAUAGCUGGACAGAUGGCAGGGACAAGGAAGAGACUGCUUCAGUGCCCUUUGGAUCUUCGAGCCCCAGAGACUCUGAGUUCUGAAGUGUGCAGUCCUGUACCAGUAAAGGAAAGGCUGCCUUGUGCUCCCUUGCCCAUCUCUCGAGGAGACUGUGACCAGCUGGGCUGCUGCUACAGCUCUGAAGAGGGAGAGGUGGGCUCCUGUUACUAUGGAAACACAGUGACCUCCCAGUGCACCAGAGAUGGCCGCUUCUCCAUUGCUGUGUCCAGGAAUGUGACCUCACCACCCCUACGCUUGGAUUCACUACACUUGGCCUUCAGGAGUGACAGUGGAUGUGAUCCGGUGAUGGCAACAUCCACCUUUGUCCUGUUCCAAUUUCCAUUUACUUCCUGUGGGACCACAAGGCGGGUCAGUGGAGACCAGGUCAUGUAUGAAAAUGAGCUAGUGGCCACUCAGGAUGUGAGAGCCUGGGGCAGUGGCUCUAUUACCCGAGACAGCAUCUUCAGGCUCCGAGUCAGCUGCAGCUACUCUGUUCUCAGCAACACAUCCCCAAUUAACAUGCAAGUGCUGACUCUCCCACCACCCCUUCCUAAGAGCCAGCCUGGGCCCCUCUCUCUGGAACUUCAGAUUGCCAAGGAUAAAACCUAUAGCUCUUAUCAUGGUGCUGAUGACUACCCGCUGGUGAAAUUUCUCCAGGAUCCUAUUUAUGUUGAGGUCUCCAUCCUUCACAGAACAGACCCCUCUUUGGGGUUACAGCUAGAGCAGUGCUGGGCUACACCUGGCCCUAAACCUUCUCAUCAACCACAAUGGCCCAUACUGGUGAAGGGAUGCCCAUACGCUGGGGACAACUAUCAGGCCGAAAGGAUCACUGUUCAGAAGGCAUCAACCCCCUUCCCUUACCAUCACCAACGCUUCAGCAUCUCCACCUUCAGCUUCACGAACGCUGUAAGGGAGGAACAUACUCUUGGUGGCCAGGUAUACCUGCACUGCAGUGCAUUGGUCUGCCAGCCUGCUGGGACGUCAUCCUGCAGGGUAAUCUGUCCUGCUUCCAGAAGAAGAAGAAAAUCUGAACUUCAUUUUGAAAACAGCACUGCCAGCAUAUCUAGCAAAGGCCCCGUGAUCCUCCUCCAAGCCACCAUGGACCCUGCAGACGUGCUCCACAGAUACUCAAGUAGCCCCGCGGAUUCCCCUGCUCUGUGGAUGGUAGGACUUUCUGUAGUCACGAUCAUCAUUGGAGUCUUAUUAGUCUUCUACUUGGCCAUCAGAAAACUGAGAUGA